UGGGAGUCGCUGACAGAUGUAGUGCAUGUGAAUUCUACGAGGGUGAGGGACAACACCAUGGCCACUGUUGGCGUCGCCGUCUCCCGCUUCCUUGACAGGCACAACAGUUCUAUUAAUAAUUUCGUAAAAGUCUUCGCAAGGCGCGGCAGCCCGGGCUCUCGGCGGCCGUAUUCCAGUGCUACGCACAGGGAAAAUGAAGAUGAAGUCGGAGACUCGUCUCUAGCUGCUCCCAACUUUGUAGCAUCUCUGAAAACCAGCUCGAGACAGCAGAAGUUCAGAGAAGACGCAUUACUGCCCUUUUCAGCGUUCUUGACCGAUAACUUCGGCCGGAGACACAACUACCUGCGCAUCUCCCUGACAGAGAAGUGCAACCUGCGCUGUCAGUACUGUAUGCCAGAGGAGGGGGUGAGGCUUACACCACGGGCCCAACUGCUGACCACUUCAGAAUUACUGACUCUGGCUCGUCUCUUCGUCCAGGAGGGAGUGGACAAAAUCCGCCUCACUGGAGGAGAACCCCUCAUCAGACCUGACGUGGUUGAUGUCAUCGCUGAACUGAAGAAGCUGGAGGGCCUGAAAACCAUUGCAGUAACAACCAAUGGCAUGAACUUGGCCAGGCUCCUGCCUAAGCUGAAAACUGCUGGAGUUGACCUUAUUAAUAUCAGCCUGGAUUCACUGGUUCCUGCAAAAUUUGAGUUUAUUGUCAGACGAAAGGGGUUCCAUAAAGUCAUGGAGGGCAUCGAUAAGGCCAUUGAAAUGGGCUUCAACCCUGUCAAGGUAAAUUGUGUGGUCAUGCGAGGCCUUAAUGAGGACGAGUUGAUAGACUUUGUGGCCCUGACAGAAAACAAGCCUUUGGAGGUGCGUUUCAUUGAAUACAUGCCCUUUGAUGGCAACAAGUGGAAUUUUAAGAAGAUGGUUAGUUACCAGGAGAUGCUGGACCGCAUCAAGCAGCAGUGGCCUAAGUUGGAAAUGCUUCAAACUGGACACACAGACACUGCUAAGGCGUUCAAAGUGCAAGGCUUCAAAGGCCAGGUGGGAUUCAUCACCUCCAUAUCUGACCAUUUCUGUGGCUCCUGCAACCGCUUGCGCAUCACUGCAGAUGGCAACCUCAAGGUUUGUUUAUUUGACAACUCUGAAGUGUCUCUCAGAGACCUCUUACGCUCUGGGGCAUCAGAAGAGGAGCUAUUACAAAUCAUUGGAGCAGCUGUUGGCAGAAAGAAGAAACAACAUGCAGGCAUACUCAAUCUCUCUCAGAUGAAGAACAGGCCCAUGAUCCUCAUUGAGCCUCCAUCUGCUCUUUCAGCAGCUCCUCACACAGCUUUUUCAGACAGCAGAAGAGUCCUGAAACAAGAGGAGGUUUUGUGCCUUUCAGAUUGCACCAUUUUGACACCAAUUACAUAUUUUUACCGCUCUAGAACUGCAGUGAGCGGGGCCACCCAUCAAGGAUUGCACAUCUGCAAAGAAAGACCUAAUGCAACAGACAAUCCACACUUUGUAGCACCAGCUGCUGGUUGCAGUUUGAACAGUUGUCAUUUAAACACUUCAAGCUUCAACACGCACAAAAAUGUCAUGAGCAAAAUGAAUGGAAAAGACUGUCUCAGGUGCGCACAAGCCAGGAAACCUAAUGCUUUGAAAAGCCUCUUGCAUAGGACCCAAGGAAUUCCCAUGUUUUGCCCAAUAAUGGAACCUAAAAUAUAUCUUAAUCAACACAAUGUUAUAAGAAUGUGCCAUAAUCAGUAUUCCACCCAAAAUCCCACUGGAAAAGAAUCUUUGAGUGAUCAGACGAAGUCGGACACAAGUGUGGCCAACACCCACCUGCCUGAAAUUACUGAAGUCCAGCUGACGCAUACAGAUGCUCAAGGAAGAGCCACCAUGGUGGAUGUUGGAGGGAAAGUUCCCUCAUGUAGAACAGCCACAGCUCACGCCACUGUCUUGUUGGGUUCCACUGCUUUUCGGCUACUUCGGGAUAACCAGCUGGCAAAGGGUGACGCCUUAACUGUUGCCCAGUUGGCCGGGAUCAUGGCUGCCAAGCAGACCUCGACCCUCAUCCCGCUCUGCCACCCACUCCCCUUAAACCAUGUCUCCAUUACCUUUGACCUGGAAGAGCUGCAGGACGCUGCGUUCAUCACCGCAACAUGUAGCACUACGAGCAGAACGGGAGUUGAGAUGGAGGCUUUGACAGCCGUUUCUGUGGCAGCACUAACCCUAUAUGACAUGUGCAAGGCUGUGAGCCAUGACAUCGUCAUUAAGGAUGUCAAGCUCAUGAGUAAGAUAGGCGGAAAGAGGGACUUUCACCGUCACCCUUGACCACAUGUGUGUGGAACAGGAAAACAAAAAAGACCUGGUAUUAGAAUCUGUCUUCAGUGAACUGAUCACAUGUGGAAAACAUUUAAAUUCAGAUCCAAACACAGCCAGUGCGUCCUCCAAGAUGAUCUGAGCACUUGAACCCAGUCUGUCCUGACACAUUGACACGUCUGUACAGUCUCAAUCGUGUAAAGCAACAUUUUGUUCUCAUAAACAGACGCGGGAUCAGGGUGUGAACAUAAUCAGUAGGGAUGAGUUGAUAUGAUACUCCAUAUCUGUAUGGGUUCCAUACAAUAGCAACAUGUUGUAGAAAGAUUUCAUGUGACGUGAGUGAAGGCCGUAUGUUUGCCAUGCAGUGAGAGCAUUGUUUUUAAAAUAGUUAUAAAAACAACAACAAUAAUAAUAAUAAUAAUUAUAGCUCGGGGGGUG